AUGAUGGAUUUUAGAGAUGUUGCUGCUGAAGAGCAAAUCAGGAACUUUGUGGAGUAUUUUGACAGGGUAAAUUACCCGUUGCAACCACUCAGUACUGAAACAAAGGCAUUCUUUGGAAGAUUCUUUGGAGGCAAUGGCUUUGUAACGUUCUGUGAUCUGCUUUUUGGCUCCUAUUGCGAAAAGUACCUCGCGGAGGAUGAGGAGAUGUGCUGGAUGGAUCACGCGAAUCUUGAGCCGACUAAGAGCUUAGCGGUGACGCUUCUGAGCUUGAUUCAUCCGAGCUCCACUUUCAUAUCCACGUUGGAGGCGCUUUCGAUCCCUUCGGCUACAUUCGGGGCCCACCUGAAGAAGGGGUGGAAAAACUCAACCGCUGCGCGGUCCUCCUCAUUUUACUUGCUUGACCUGCCUCUUGCAGCCUUGCACCCACAGUUUUUCAAACUAAUGGGCGAGCCCGCAGAUUCGAAUCUGUACGCACUGCCUCGCUCUCGCUGCCAUCCCAUCUUGCUUGUACCAUUUUGGGAUCCGCCGGUAGUCACACGAAAAGAGCCCAGUCAGCAGCAAGUAAUGACGUCACUGCCAUGCCUGCCGAUGGGCUAUUUUUUGUUCCGUCUUCUACUGUUCGGCAUGAAAAGGGUUCAGCGACACAGCGCCGACUUUCUUGCGUGGCGAAAACAAGAAAAUAUCGUUGCCUGGAUGUGGCGGGCGAAAGAUGGAUUGUAUUCUGCAUUCUACAAGACGAUCCCUGUUGACAUGCCCUUCUACGCGCAGCUAUUGCAAUCAUACAUUCAGAUAUACGUUUCGGCAACUCUUUCCCGUCACCUUAGCAGCAAAAGAAGCAUUGCAGAUAUAAACUGGACCACCAAUGAUGCUACUGCUUCAGUUUUGAUUUUGGCACCGGAGUUACUGGCACACAGGGAGCUGCUGCAACCAAUUAGCGAAAACGAUAGGGUUUCAUGCAAAAAUCCAGAGACUCUUGCACAGAUUCUUUUCGUAGUGCCGCUCUAUACUGGCAUGGUCUACGCAAUGUCAGAAGAGAGCAGCAGCUCUCCAUUCAUGGACUGCGCAGCAAUCACUUCACAGGAUUACUCAGUAAGCUCUUCAUCCAAAGCACAGGCGGAUAUUGAGAACAUUCGCAAAACGCUUUACAAGAAUUGCCUGACGGUUCUACGUGAGUGCCUUCUAUCAUUGGAACUAGAGCCAUACUGCAAAAAUUCUCACUUUACGUAUUGCCUUGAGCUCUGGGCGGUGCUUAUGAACCCUUUUGAGAAGCAGCAGAAGAUGGCCCCGUCGCAGUACGUAGCACAGCAUUUUGAGUCCUUUGGCUUUCUCGCAGUUGAUGUGUUGAACAUGAUCGUGAAAAGUUCUUUUGUUUAUUCAAUGACGGAAGCUGGGGCAAAGGUCCUGAAAAAGUGUUUUCUAUUGUUGAGUCAGGACCCCGUGGUAACCCUUCUUGCAGAAAUCAACGCAUCGCAGCCGUCAUUGCAUACAGUUGCUGAGAUGCUAGCCCGUCAUUUUGUUCUGGAUUGGAUAGGCAGUGAUGGUGGUAUUCAGCUGCCGAAUCUCCACGGGAACACGACUUGCAGCCUUGCUGCUCGAGCAUAUGUUUCCCUGGAACGAUUAAUCAGCGACGACACGAUGGAGGUGAUGCAGAGCGAGCUGAAAGAGACACUCACUUUGAUGGAGUGCGUCUUUCCGAAAAUCACACAAUUUUUGGAUACGUGGCGAGCCUCAGAGAAGGCCACGGCUAAGAAUUCCAAACAUGCUUCGGUACCCACCAUGACAGUUGUUCGGCCGCUCACAGAGAGUGAGAAGCUGCAUUUUUUUAGAGGUGGCAAAGGAAAUCAAAAAGUGUUUGCAAAAGGUUUGCGUCUGCCGAUUCGAAACGGAUGCGUGCCUGGAAAUCGUGACGCAGCGUUGAAAGCGAACCUGCGCAACGAAAUACCGGCGCUGUUAGGCUUCUCCAAGUUCUUGGAUGCUCUCAUCGCAAAGAGUUUGGAAGAAUACUACUCAAGCGUAAUCCCUAAGUGCGAUAAUGGACACAACUUAUGGCUUACCUACUCGAAGAAUUACGCCUGCACGCACCACGCGUGUGAGCCAGCCAUUUGGGAGUGCAGUAUUUGCGAGAAAGUCUAUGGCAGCUGUUGCAGAGGGCUUCCUUCUCGGGCGAACGGAGAGCGGCUUGUCACAUGCAGUGGGACAAGCGGUGCAGCGCAACAGUGCAUUGUGUGUGGUCAAGUGGUUUUGGAAGACAGUCACAUGUUUUGCCUGCAGCGCGGAACCGGGGUCUAUUUUUGUCCAGAUUGCGCCUCUCGUCCUUUCAGUCCUCUGUCGAUGCGCUGGAUUGCGUCCUACCGAACUUGGGCUGUGCUGCUCGGACUCUUUUUUCUGUCCAUUUUCAUAAGCUUCCUAGCUUGA